AUGUAUUCAUACAGGAGAAAAGAUCCGAUACGAUUGAAUAUCAAUUGUCAGCGACGCCGAUCUCCUUGUUCUCGCUGUACUGGACUUGAUGAUGAUGGCUGUGCUAGUGUCAGCAGCCAGCUUGCCCAUGAGGCGGCGGAGGUAAACAGAGUGUACGAGGAGCUGCAGCAGUACCACAUGCUGGGGAGAGCCAUGACAGCACACGAUCAAGAAGCUGUCAGAGUAAUAACCCAGAGGUUGAUUGCAGCUCACAACCGUUUUAUGUCCAGAAAACGGUUUCUCUCUGACACGGGCCAAAGCAUAACCUCGGAACCUGUCUUGCGUCCAAAUAAGGGGUUUAUGCAACUACUAAAGUACGAGGUCGACUUAAAUUGGGGACUUCGCCCUCGCAACGCCAGCACCAGUCGAUCUGGCACAAACGCGGGUGGUAGUCGAUCUGGCACAAACGCCAGCACCAAUCGGCCUAGCACAAACGCGGGUGCCAGUCGAUCUGGUACAAACGCGGGUGCCAAUCGGCCGGCGGCAAACGCCAGUACCAAUCGGCCUAGCACAAAUGCGGGUGCCAGUCGGCCGGCAGCAAACGCCAGCACCAGUCGGCCUAGCACAAAUGCGGGUGCCAGUCGGCCGGCAGCAAAUGUGAAUCCCGAGCCAAGGGAAGGAGAGAGCAACACCAGGGAAGACACUCUCCCUGGCAGAGCUGAAGGGUUUAGGGAAGCACCUGGUUCGAAACCUAACUUUGUCAAUUCCUUGAUAAAGUACAACCGGGCAUUUCUUGAGUCCUACCGGAUAUUGCUUGACGGCAGUGAGUUAUUGCUGGAUUCAAUUGUCCAGGAGCAGCAGGAUAUCGUACCCACACGCCAACCUCGCUGUCCUCACAUCGCUGUGGUUGUUCCACCUCCCCCUGCUGCUCCCGCUGCCACUACCCCUGAGUCCCGCGUUCUUCGGUCGUCAACAUCGGCUCGGAAGCGUCAGGCUGAACCGGCUUCUCAACCAUCCAGUUCAAGGCGUCGAGUGCUUUGAUGCGCCGUUUUCUGGGCCGCGGGCGACUGUGGGAUCUCCCAAUGGAUCUUUUGGGCUGACUGUCUCGUUGUACUCUAUUCUCCGCUGUGGCUAUCUCUUGUCUUUUGUCGUUCUUGUCAUCUUCAAGUUUUCGUCGUGGCUUUCUGUCUUAUCUGGAUUCAUUGUGAUGGUUGUUGUUGAAAUAAGCUGUAAUUUAGGCUUCUUAUUUAGUUCAUUGGUUUUGUUUUUUUCCGCAUUUCUGAUUGCUCAGAGUUGGCUUGGCGCAGGAUUAACUCGUCCUAUUGGAUGCCGCCAUUAUUGCAAACACAGCCUCAUUGUAGAGUAUCAACGCACGUUUGUAGGUAGCUGGGGGGAGGAUCUACAAAUCCCCUAGCUUUCAUAUUAUAGAAUCUCCGUCGAGAAAAAGCUGCAUGGGUAGUAAGGUGAAGCAGCAGCAAGCCCUGUAGCGACAUCGAUGCCAAACAUAUCGUCCGUGAGAAUCACACAGGCAAGCCGUCACGAUAUUCGACCCCUGAUAAUACGUUUAGACGGUAUGUUGCUUUUGAUAGUCAACCGAAUGAAGCAGAAACUGGUAAUUGCCCCUUAUUAACCGGUUAGUUAUUUCGUCGAUGGGUUAGUUGGCUAGAAUAUAACCAGUUCACGAGCAAGCCAACCUCCUAUCUUGAGCCUCAGUGUUUGGGUCAACCAGAUUGUUAGUGAGAUACCUUGCAAAAAGCCCACGCUUGUACUCAGCAUUAUAUUGGACAUGCUGCUGGCACUGCCUAUUAACUGGUCAUAGGGAUGGAGCAGUGACGGAUAAGGGCCAGCGGCUU